UCAGUGAUUUUGUAUUCGAAAAAAUUUUGUUUUAAAUCCAUAUUUAAAUGGAUACAUUACUUACGAACACACAUCUGUUGAUUUAGACGUUCUGAUGAUUAUACUGCACUAGUCUAUUAAUAUUCCCUAAGAUUUAUAUUUUAUUCCAUACUGUAUAUGUUUAAAUAUGUUAGGUUGGGUAAUUGAUCUACGUGAUCUUUGUUAGCAAUGAAAUUGAACUUAAACAUGUAUAAAAUGAUGUCUUUAACAAUUAAAAAAUGUGCUCCUUGUUUGCAAAUACGACAAUUUGCAAACCUUAUUUGUGACAAAAAUCGAGUCGAUAAAAAAAGUUUCAAUAGUUUAAUAAAUUACACAUAUUUAAAUUAUAGUAGCUUGAUAAAUCCAAAACAUAAAACAUACUACCGACCAUUCUAUGAUAAUGUUCGGAUGAUGUCUAAAGAAUCUCGUCUUCCACCACUAAUGAACGUUCCAUUUAUUUUGCGUCGUCCAUUACUUUCUCCCUAUUAUUCAUUUGUAUUUUUAAAACAAGUCAGAGAAGAAAUAGACCGAACAUUUAGUCUUUUAGAGUUUAGAACUGGAGCAGCACAGGCAGUUGUGGUAGUAUCAAGUGCAUUAGCUUCACGAAAUUAUGAAGCAUUAACUGAUCUUAUAGAACAUCACACAUUGGAAAAACUAAUUGGAAGAGUUAAUGCAUUGACAGAGUCACAAAGAGAACUAUUAAUUAUAAAAGACCAGGUUUCAUUAGCUUGUUGUAAUAUGAAUGUUACAAAAAGCGGAACAGAUAACGUUAAUAUUCAGAUAACAGUACUAGGUUAUUAUAUGCAUAUCACGCUUGAUUUUUCUUCCUCGCUACCAGACAUGCACGUACUUCUGUACAACUACACAUUUCAAAGGACUUAUAAAGAUGGUGAAGGAGGACCUUGGAUAAUAACAAUGGCAAAUCAUUGUUCGCAAGAGUAAUUUAAUGAUUGAAUGAUUUUAUUCAAUUGUAUCUUCCAUAUGAUAACCAAUGGUAUUGUUUUUUCCUUAUAAAAUGGUAUAAUAAAAAUAUCAGUAUAUGUACAUUCAAAAAUUUAUAAGUUUUAGUAAAGGGGAUACAUAAUUUCUAAUAUUUAAUAAUGUAGCACCAAUAGGUCUUCCAUGUUCAAAUACAGAGAUAACUAUUGGUCCCUGUAACAAAUCAUAAUUAUGAAAGAGUAUUGGUUAUGAACAUGAUUGUAGGAAAGUAUAAAUACCUCAUUGAUUUGAGGAUUGUGAAUCCAACAUUCAUUUGUAUUUUGAUCUUGAUAUAAAUUAUUUUUCUUUGCAGGAACUAAAUUAUAGAAGUUGAUUUUCAAGUGUUCCAAAUUAGAUAGUUUAAUUUUUAUUAUAUUUAAAUAUGGUUCCAUAUUCCAUAUGGUAACUUUUCCAUGUAUAUUUGCUUGUUUAAAACUGAUAUCAAAUGUCACUGUUGGAAAUGAAGUAAGUUCAUUGAAAUAGCAAAUGGCAGCUGGGAGAUUUCCUGCAAUAUUUUAAUAUGUAAAAGUAGAACUAACAAUUUACAUAUAUUAAAAAAUAGAGGUAUACUUUUAUAAAUAGCAUCAGUUAGACGGAAUGGUUUUGUAAUUGAUGAAGCAAACAUUGGGAUUUGAUUCCGUUCCUUGCCUUCGAAACAAUUAUCAAUAGCUAUAAUUACAAAGAUUAUUGUUAAAUAAUAAUACAUAUAUGGUAAUAUAUUAACAUACCUUUUCCUACUUCUUCAAAUAAUUUUGUAACUUGUAUGUCCUUGGUAAUAUAUUUACAAAGAUGAGUUAUGUACAAACCAUAUUGACUGUUUAAUUUUUCAUAACUAGGUCGAUAACUAGAUGUAGAAUAUGCUUGAAUUAAAUUUCGAAGAUUUUUCUUACUUUUAUAUUCAAUAACAACUGGUAAUUCAUUAUAAAUUACAGAAUUAAAAUUCCUGAAAGUAAGGAAAUUAAGGAAAUACAGGAAUAAUCAAAUACUUUUAAAUAACCAAAGGUAACUUACUUUGAAGGUAAUGUUUGACACAUAUCUAAAAUAAUAAUUAAUAACUCAGGAUCAUUUUGAAGGAAUGAUGCUAAUAAUUCACUUUCACAUAUAGCAUCUUUCCUCAAAUAUACUGUUGGAGUAUCUGUUGCAAGUAUAUAACUUUCUUGCAUCUUGAAACCAUGUCCAGCAAAAUAGAAUAAACCUGUUGAAGGUAAACAAUUAAUUAACUUUCCAUUUUUCCAAACUUUCAUAUAAUUUGUUCAUCUUACCAUAAACACCCUCAACUAAAGCUUUGCUAAAUAAUUCUAUUGCAUUUCUUAUUUGUUUUAUUGUUAAAUUCAUCAAACAUAUCACUUUAAAACCAAUUUCUUUAAGAAGUUUAGCAAUAUAUGCACCAUCAUUUUUAGGGGUUAAAAGGCAUUCAUGAUUAUCAUAAUCUCCAUUUGCAAUAAUUAAAGCUGUUUUUGCAACUGCUUUUAGCUUGGGAAGAUACAUCUAUUAAGUAAUAUAACCGAAUUAUUAAAAUAUAGUAUAUUAAGAAGAAAUUGCAGUUUAUAUGUAUUAGUCAUAUACAUCUAGGUAUUACCAUUAUAUGAGUUCUUUGAGUAUAAAUUUCACCAACAUCAUUAUAGACAUGACAAUAAUAUUUUCCUUCAUGUUUUGAAUUGAAUUUUUUUAUCUGAAAUUACGAAUACUUUAAUUCAUGAGUUAACCAUGUACAAUAAGAUUAAAAAAUUUCAUCACUUUGUUUACAUGCAAUAUGUUAGAUGUUUCUCCUUCUAAUUUAGUAUUAUCAUGGAACCACUGAUAUUGUGGCUCAGGAUUGCCACUAGCUUUACAAUGAAUCGUAAAAUUUUCUCCUUCUUUGACUUCUAAAAUUGGUUGCGGUUGUUCUUCUAUUAUUACAGGUGUAGGAAAUAUAUGUACAUUGACAGUUUUUGAAAUUAAGCUAGAUAUAACAGUUCCAUCAUGUUUAAUCUGGGAUACUUUGCAUUUGUAUUCUCCUAUUUGGGAAAUACUUUACAACAUAUGAAAUAAAAUUUAUUACAGAAUUAAAGACUUGU